GACGGAAGACCGGGAUAGGCCAAAUGGGACGUCACUGACUCUUGGACGCACUUUCUGAACUACAACCACCAUGUCCACUUCCCCGCCACAACGCAGGAUGUCCUCAAACAGCUCUAGCAGCAAAGAAUCCCUCAUCAACGCCUACGAGGCCGAAGAAGAAAGGAUAAUCAAUGUCCUCUCUCGCAAACUCGAGAAGCUGAGAGAGGAGAAAAUUGACCUCGAGAAUGCUUUGGAGGCAGAGUCUGAGGCCACUGUCAAUAGGCUAUCAAGAGAAAUAUCCGCUCUACGACUUGCUCAGCAGCAGCAUGCUCAGUCAGCUGCGAGUCCGACUCAGGUGAAUGGCAGUGGCUCGGUCUCUCCUGUCGAUGUCAGGGGACCGUUAUUUAAUCCUGAACCUACACCGGAGAUGAUGCUGGAAGCUAUGCGAAGAGAGAACGAGCAGCUGAGGACACGACUUGUUGAGACUGAACGAGAUUAUAUUCGGAUAACACGGUUGAAUGAGAUUUACCGUGAGGAGUUGAUUGAAGAUCGGCGAAGGCUUGGUCUCCCGGUGGAUAACCUAAUAGGACUUCCCUCACCCUCCGAUGCAUAUUCACAGCCUAUACACCUCCAAGCACAGUCCAACGUUUCCUCAAUAUCCACAUCUCCACGCUUUCCCCUUUCUCAAUCGCCCACCACACACGCGGCAUCAGCUCGUGUCCCAAUCCCCCGUCCACCUUCACAAAUUCGUCGACCAGUGGCGCCACCAAGUCCGUCAACCACACCUCCCUCAUCUUCCUCCGCCUCCCUCUCAUCCGCGAUCUUCUCACCACCUGGGAACACAACAAGUAUCGGAACGACCAUCACUACCCCAGGAAGUGGUCCUGCACUCGCGUUCCCCAACGGCGGUCAUCCUCAUGAACUUACCUAUCCCUCCGUCCCACCACCCUCACUCUCAUCAUCAUUCGGAGAUCCGCUACUCGCAAUGGAAGAUGAACGCGAACGCACAUUACCUGCACCUGUACCCAUUCCCCGUCCUAUACCUCGCCGCGAUCGAGACCUGUCCUUGUCCGUUUCUCCCAUUGACUCAUUCUCAGCACGCAGCGGUCUCCCCAGUUCUCCCCUAAGUCCUCGUCGAUCAUUCACAAGAAAUCGAAGAGGGAGUUUCGAACGUGCUGUUGGUGCUGCUGCUGCGACGACGAAUGGCCGGACGGGUGGGGGAUGGGUGGAUGGGUUCGAGCCUUAUAAUGUUGGAAGGGCGAGUCGGAGUGGGAGUAGGAGUCGGGUGGGGAGUCUUGAUCGGGGGGUGAGGGUUGCGGAGACUGGACAGUUGGUUCCGAGGCAUCGACAUGAGGGUGGGCAGGGUGCGACGUGUGAGCUGGUUUUAGCUGGGGCUGAGAUCUCUGCAUCUCCUCCUCCGACGUCUUCUCCAAAUGGGUCUGGACCGUCGACUGCUGAUACUCUUCAGGAACCAACUACUACUUGACGACCGUCAUUUCACUCUGAGUUUGUUUUUUUUGGUCGAUGGGCUUUUUCGUUAUUUCGUAUCCCAACAAAACUGUUGGUGUAUGUAAUUUUUAUGUCCUUUUGCUGUUUGGAGGAAGUUGAAAGUUGACGUGCUGGGGUAUGUAAGAUAACUACAGUAGGUAUUCUACUUAACAGUCAUGGACUUAUUAUCAUUGCAGGAUCUAAUGGGUAGUAGCUAAACUUCAUAAUCCUCCUCCCCCCUUUUCGCCUAGCCUAAGCCUGCCUGUCUGCCUACCUAUCAAAAUAUUGCAAUAUAUUGAUCAUCCGUACGAGGUUCUUCUCUCCAAC